AGCUAUGUGAUUGGCUGACCUCAUUUCCCUUCUGGUUAUGAGGACAAAUAAUUCCGAGAAGACAACGACUGAAACCUGUAUAUAGCUAUAAGUCCUCGGCGUGUUAAUUCAUUCUUACUCUACCGUUGGAUAUACAAACAGCACCGAUGCCGACCGAUUUCCACGUCAUCAAGCUCUAUCACGACUUGUGUCAAACACCCAUCAAAUCAGAGGAUAUGCUGCACUCUGACCAACAGGUUCCUCAAACCAACACGGUGUUCUCCGAAGACUUCACCCGGGUGUCUGUGAAGACAGAGCCAGAGGUGUACCAGUACGACUUCACCGGGAACAUUUUAGAUACUUUCUCCUCUGCGGCGUUCCCUGCUCCCCUCGCCGGCUGCACAUCAGUUACAGAGGUACCCGACCAGCAACUGAACGAGGGAGGGAGUCCCACUCAUCUCAUUGACUUGGACAUGUAUGACCGAAGUGACAUCACCAUGUAUGACCAAAAUGUCAGUGAUGACAAACAAGUGCAGCAGGUUUUCUACCCGACUCCCAACCCAGACAUCGCUAUGGACGAUGGCCUGGAUGUGCUCUACGUUCUGGCCACGAGAGACAUCAAAGAAGAGUGUGUCGUACUACAAAUAUGUAAAGAUCCUACUCGAUGGUCGACCGAGGAUGUCGGGAAAUGGAUCACACACAUGUGUAGGAAGAUGUCCAUCCCUGACGUGACGCUCGAGCUCUUUGACAUGAACGGCAAAUGUCUCUGUCUCCUCUCGCAAGCUGACUUCGAAUGGCGAUCCCCAGUUGGAGGGCCUCAUCUCCACGCCCAGUUGGAAAUAUGGAAGAAUUAUUUUAAAAUGGAGGAGAUAAGCGAGACAGGCCGUUUCCAGUCAGACAGCCUGGCCGACUCACCUAUGACUCUGGAGGGGAGCCGCUUCUGCGCCUCCCCCAGCAGCUCGUCGCCUGGGUCCCCGGGGUCGUCAAGCCUCGACAGCAACCCAAGCUCGCCACCCCGCAGCCAAAUGCUUGACGAAUUAUUUACAUACCGAGCUUCAACGCAUGAGAAAGAAGAGCCACGUGAAAAAACAGCACCGUUACCAACACAACAUAAGCAAACAAUUCAUCUGUGGCAGUUUUUGAAAGACUUGUUAUUGAAACCCCAGUCAUUCAGCGGUUGUAUUAAAUGGGUGGACAGGUCGAAAGGAAUAUUCAAAAUUGAGGACUCAGGCAGAGUGGCAAAAGAAUGGGGCCGCAGGAAGAACAGGCCGCUAAUGAAUUACGACAAGCUGAGUCGGUCCAUCCGUCAGUACUACAAGAAAGGGAUCAUCAGGAAAACAGAGCACUCAAAACGACUUGUUUAUCAGUUCUGCGCACCGUACUUGUAACAACAGCGUUGAUUCGCUGUUUGUGAUCACGUGAUCUCCUCCCUAGGAGAAGCGCUUUUGGAUUGGUCACCGUUAAGUCAGGACAUUUUUGUUGUCGAGAGGGUGAUGCGAUCAGAUAUUGGAGCGCUCAUUGGCUGUGAUACAGGUCAGGUGGCCCAUUGUUACCGCACAACAAUAUGACGUAUACUAUACGUAACAAUCACGUCACAGAGGCGCCAGAUUUACCUGAGCCAAAUCCAGAAGGCAGCAACUCAAUUUUGUUCGUUCAAAAUUGACCAGAUCCCAUUGCAUGUAGAUCUGUGAAUCUUCAUGGUAUCUGAAAAGGUUUAAUGUUUAGGUAUUUCAUUCUGUAGUUCGAAACACCCAAGCGUGUACAGCAUGAGCAGGCAACAGAUACCCAAAUUCUCUCAUAUAUCGAAACAUGUCAUUACAUUUCACAGCUGUUAAACAAACUGUCUCAAAGAGGCUUAACUUAUUAUUGUUGUAGUCGCACAAAGUGUAUGUGUAAAUAUGUUUAGGCGAAACCAACGUUAACCCAAAUGGUGCUUUGAACAUUCUAUCGUGUGUCCCGUUUAAUAGGAGAUACUCCUGAACGGGCUUUUGUGUGUACAUAAAUCUCCAUGUUUUUUAUUUCUGUUUUAUACAAAAUAACUACAAAAUACAUGAAAUAAAAUGAAAUUGAAAAUA